AUGGCGACCGCCGCCGACACCGCCCGCCCGCAACCGACGCGCAAAGUGGCCGACGACGGAAAGGAGCUGACGGGGGACGAGGACGACUCCUGCGGCGUGCGGGAGGACCUCUGCAGCGACGCGUCCGACGACAAGAGCGCGGGAGGCGGGGGCGGCAGCGGCAAGCCACGGCGCGCGCGCACCGCCUUCACGUACGAGCAGCUGGUGGCGCUGGAGAACAAGUUCAAGACGACGCGCUACCUGUCGGUGUGCGAGCGCCUCAACCUGGCGCUCAGCCUGUCGCUGACGGAGACGCAGGUGAAGAUCUGGUUCCAGAACCGGCGCACCAAGUGGAAGAAGCAGAACCCGGGCAUGGACGUGAACUCGCCGACGGUCCCGCCGGCGGGGCCCGCCGUCGCCGGCCCGCCCUUCGGCGGCUCGCCCUACUCGCACCACCAGCACGGCGGCCUGCUGUACGCGCCCUACCCCUACUCCCUGCCGGGCGCCGGCGCCGCCGCAGCCGCCGCCGCCGCCGCCGCGCCGCCGCCGUCCCAGCCGUACGGCCACCCCUACUUCCACUCGCUGGCCGGCCACCACUCCCUGGGGCACUCCUCAUGA